GUGCGAGCAGCCCUCAAAAUAUCACGACGCCGCCGACGUUAUCUUUCGCUUCCACCACCUCGCAGACAACCUUACCGCACUUCACAUCCUUAGCCCUACUACUUGCAGCACACCAAACUGCAAUGGCCAGCAUAAAAGCGGUACCCUUCUGGCAAUAAGAAACCGAGAAGGUACAUGCUUCAAGCGUGGUAUCCACGAUGGCUAAAGAGGAAAGGGCGAAUCGCCCAAGCAGACCAGAUAACAAUGAGGCAUGCGGCACUACUGUUUCGAGAAUGCUUACCACGGGAAGACGUCACGGAGCUACUUGUACGAGCAUUCCUUCACUAUAGCAUCUCAAUUGUGGGGGCGCUCCUAGAGCUUGGGAUUGAGGAACAAGAGCAGUUAAGUUUGAUAACUGCGCGAACCUGCUCCCUCGCCCCCUUCGCCACCACAGAAGCCUACGAGCGGCGACAAAGCUACUAUAAGCGUACAACUCCAAUCCCACGCGGCCUCCUAUUAAAAGGCGCGGACCAAACAUUCAUACGGUAUCUUUUAUACCUUUUGAGCAGUCCCCGGACGUUCCCCAACGUAAACCAGCACCACCACGCACUAAAGUAUGGUCUAUACAGCUACCUUCGCCAGAGUUCAACCGUAAGCUCAGAGUGCCAUUGUCCAGGAUCCCAACCGCACCCAGGCCGACAACAAAGAAUGCAAAAGGACAGUCAGCUAGCAGACUUCAGGAAGGACACUUCGGCACGGUGCAGCCAGCAACCCAUAGUCCACAACAACCGCAUGAGCCCUACUGGGGAAGCGAUGGCUCUCCUCAAAGAGAAGAGUUCUAUCGGGCGCGCAUUAAUCCUGCGCUGAGUACACCCAACAUCGAUCCAGACGCCAGCAGAUCCGCAGAAUUUACCAGCAGCCACAAAUUGCAAAGAGUCGCGCAGCCACAUGAAGACGACGGCGAAGAGAUCGUGGGCGAACAAGAACCAGCGACGCUAGAACUAACAGGCAAGGAGCCCCAAGGCUCACAAAGGUAGCAGAGGCGGAAAAAAAGGAAACCGGAUGAGCGCACCUCCUACCUAGGUAUACACUGCCAACAUGGCCGGCGAAAAUAAUUAUUAGACGAAUCCUCAGUUUGUGGAGGGAUGUUCUCCGCCCUACGGAUAAAU